GAGCUUCCACACGCUGACACAGGCUUGUGCAGAAAGGGUUCAGCGACCCCCUCCCCUGGUGCCUCUGCUGUAUCCUGCCCUAUACAGAAACGCUAUCUUCAGAGGAUAAUAAAAUGUUUGGCGCAGUAGUGGUGGGAAUUGGCAUUGCUGGCUCUAUGAGAAUUCGGGACCUCCUCAACCCAUUGCAGUCCAGCCCCUCAGAGAGUCUGAAACUUAUUGGCUUUGUAUCAAGGAGAAAACUUGACCAGUUUAAUAAUGCAAAGCAAAUUGAGCUGGAUGAAGCACUGAAAAGUAAAGAUAUUGAUGCUGCUUUUAUUUGUACAGAUAAUCAGAACCACGAAGAAAGUGUCAGGCAUUUCCUAGAGGUUGGUAAACAUGUCCUGGUGGAGUACCCUAUGGCGUUGUCAGCAGAAGCAGCAUAUGAUUUAUGGAGACUUGCUGAGCAGAAAGGAAAAGUCCUGCACGUGGAACACAUAGAGCUGCUUACAGAGCAAUACAAGCAACUGAAGAAGGAAGUACAGGGCAAAAAGCUUGUGGAAGGGGUGUUGCAUUUUACUGGAGGGCAUCUAGAUGAGAACCUUUCUGGAUUCCCAUCUUUUAGUGGCAUUGCUCGACUGAGCUGGCUUGUUGAUCUGUUUGGUGAUCUAAUCGUCACCUCAGCCACAAGAGAGGAGCAAAAAGAACUGAACUACUCCAAACUUACAGCACAUUUCCUGACUGCUGAAAACAGGCCGCUGACCUGGGUUGAAGAAAGGGCACCAGGCAUGAAACGGGAUAAGCAUAUCCACUUCUCUUUCACGACGGGCAUUCUGGACACAUUGCCUUCAUCCAGCAGGGCAUCAGUUGGGCUUUUUAUGCAAGAUCAAAACUUAUUUGCAAAGAAACUCCUAGGGCAAGUAACCAGGGAGGAGCUGCUAGCAGAGAAGCAACGAAUCUUAAAAUGCAUUGACCUUGCUGAAGAGAUCAAAAAGAAAUGUGAGCAUUAAUGUGUUAAUACAGUACAAAGGGUGGUACUGUGUAAAGUGGAUCUGUGAACUAAGCAUUUCCUCACUUUUAAGUAUAUAAUAAUUUCAAAUAGUGGCAGUGUUUUUUACAUAGAACUCUAAAAGAUGAGCGGUAACUGCAUUUUCUUUGAAAGUAACUACUGUUUUCCAGCGAAAGUGGAUCACGUUUUUAAAACAAGAUUUGAAACAAGAUAUAUUAUGUUACACAUAAAAGUUUAACAUUUUAAAGCGUUGGUAAACUUGUUUGCUGAGCUGCAACUGGGAAACAUGAGAAAGAGAAAAGAAAUCCUAUUCAUUUUUAUACUGUUAGAAAACUAGUGACAAUAAUAAGAAUAGAAAGCAAUUUUCAAAAAAUUGUUAUUUGUGGGAGCCCGCAGUUAAAUCUUCCCUAAAAAAUCCUCAGAAAAAGACCACAAGUAAAACCUAUUACAUCAGGCAGUCUGGCUUAACAGCAGGGAAAUGUGAAGGAUGACCUUUUUUUCCUUGGUUAAGUCAGAUUGCUGUAAUAGGUUUUGCAUCAGACAAUCUUAAAGGGCACCUAUCACCCUGAAAUUGCUUCCCCCUCCAGGUGCAG